UGCAGAUUACCAUAUCACCGUGUUUGUAAUUAGUUAACCACUUCUCAUGCUUCUCUGCGUUUACAAUCAUUCAUUUCAGGGGGGCGAAGAUGCUGCUGAGGCCUUGUUCAUCUACACCAGAUUACAGCCUAUCACCCGUUUUAUUUUUCCAAAGGAUGAUGAUGUUCUUCUCAACUACUUGAGUGAAGCUGGAAAGUCAAUUGAACCAAGUUGGUAUAUGCCAAUUAUUCCCAUGGUUUUGGUCAAUGGGAGUGGCAUUGGCACUGGAUCGAGCAGCUAUGUCCCAAACUACAACCCAAGAGACAUUAUCGCUAAUCUGAAAAGGUUGCUAAAUGAAGAGGCUGUCGUACCAAUGGAACCUUGGUACAAGGGGUUCAAGGGGUCUGUGAAGAAGACAAGAUCAAAGGCAGCGGGUGCCACAUAUGCCAUCAGUGGUGUUAUAGAGAAGGUUGAUGACACCAAGCUUAGAAUUACUGAGCUUCCCAUCCGCUGCUGGACUAACGAUUACAAAGAGUUUCUUGAAUACAUGAAACUUUGGGAAGAGCCAGCGUUUCUAGAGGAAUGCCAAUCACGAUGCGAUCAUGCAAGUGUGGAGUUUGAGGUUAUCUUGAGUGAGCAAAACAUGAAUAUUGCUAAGCAAGAAGGCCUUGAGAAGAAAUUCAAGCUGACAACCACAAUAGAAACAACAAAAAUGCAUUUGCUCGACUCGGAUGGAAAAAUUCGAAAAUAUAAUACCCUAGAGGACAUACUUAAAGAGUUCUUUAAACUGAGGCUUGAAUACUAUUGGAGAAGAAAGGCAGUAAUGUUGAAAAAUAUUGGGAAAGAGUUGUUGAAGCCUAAGAACCAAGUGAGGUUUAUUCUUGCUGUUAUAUCCGGGGACAUCGUAGUCAAUAACAGGAAGAGGUCAGAGCUAUUCCUGGAGCUUAAGCAGAAGGGAUAUCAACCUUUCCCACAGAAAAAAGUUACAGCCAAUGAAGUAGAUGAGGAAAGUAAUUAUGAGUACCUUCUCGCAAUGCCGAUUGGUAACUUGACACUGGAGAAAGUACAGGAGCUCCUCGCAGAACAGAAGAAAUUAGAGGACGAACAUGAAUUUCUGGGCAAUGCAACUCCAGAAAUUCUUUGGCUGAGAGACCUUGAUGCUCUUGAAAAGGAACUGGACGUGCUUGAUGCAAAAUUUGAAGCUGAACAGGAGGAAACAAGACGUAAGCGGGAAAAUUACUUCAAAGACGAGAAGGCGUCUAAAGCAGCGCCCAAGAGACGACGGCCUAAGAAGACUGCAGCCAAAUCUCAGAAGACAAAUUUGGCUGGGAACGACGAAGAUUUCGAAACGAAACCUGCAGCACAAAUGAAGAGACCACCCAAGAAGGCAAGUGCACCGGUGGGAGAUGAUGAGGACGAAGCUUUCGAACUGAAAGAUCGUCUGGCUGUUUAUAAUUUGGGCUCGUCCUCAGAACAUAGUGCCAUGGAAACUGAGACUACAAAAGAACAUAACAAGAAAGGAAAGAAAGGGAGGAACGAGCCAAGCAAAAGAGGCACAGCAAAGAAGACCGUGGCACCCUUAACCGGGUUGUCUGGUGAAGACAUAGCAGUGCCCAUCCCCGAGAGCGAGGACAAGAAGUUUACCGUGGAAGAAGCACAAGUUGAGAAGAAAAGCAUCUCCCAAAAUAGUGCCAUUAAAACAGAAGGACAGCAGGAAGGAAAGAAAGGGAGAAACGGGCCAAGCAAAAGAGGUGCGGUAAAGAAGGCCAUGGCACCCUUAACCGAGUUGUCUCGUGAGGACGACGACAACAAGUUUGCCGUGGAAGAAGUGCAAGUUGAGAAGAACAGCAGUGGAACAGAGCCUGCUGCAAAGAAGCCAAAGAAGGCUACCAUCGGGAAGAGGGCGUCUGCUCAGAACAACUCCAGUGCUCCUUCUCCUGAGAAAAAGGCACGAAAGAAGAGCGGCUCGGUUGCGCAGGCAGUUGCGAGCGCUUCAACAACAACAGAAGAUGCUGAGGCUCCUCUUCCCUCUGGCAGCUCUGAUCAGCCUGUAGCACUGAGAAGGUCGGCAAGGCACCGGAAGGCGUAACCAAUCUAAAUCGAUUGAAAAUAAUGUCUA